AUGCCAUCCCCUGAGGCUGAUCCAUGUCCCUUGUGUCCCCUGCAGGGCCUGACCCCCCCUGCUGAGCCCCCCAGGACCACGGCACGCUGGAGCUCUGGGGAUGCCGGGGACCCUGGUGGCACCUGCCCUGCCAGCAGCCGCCCUGAGAGCAGUGUGGAUUUGGGGGGGGCUGCUCUGGAUCGGGCCCGCGACCUCUCCAGCAAGAAGAACGUCAUCCACCUCCGCACUGUGACGGGUAACGAGUUCCUGCUGCAGUCAGACCAAGAGGCCACCAUCCAGGAGUGGGCCCGGGCCAUCCGGGGGGUCAUCCGUCGGCUGGACCUGGAGAACCCUGUGGAUGCACCUGUGGGGUGGUUGCACCAGGGGGACAUUGAGGACCUGGUGGAGCUCAGUGGGGACGAGGACGAAGCUCCGCGGGUCACUGAGGGAGCCGGGGCUCCAGGUGUCCCCCAUGCCCCCGACACCUCGGAGAAGAAGCGGGUGAAGAGCAAGCUGAGGCGCUUCAUCGUCAAGCGGCCCCCGCUCCAGAGCCUGCAGGAGAAGGGGCUCAUUCGAGACCAGGUGUUCGGGUGCCGCCUGGAUGCCCUGUGCCAGCGGGAGAGCACCACCGUGCCCCGCUUCGUCCGGCUCUGCGUGGAGGCCGUCGAGGAGAGAGAGCUGCCCCACAGGUGGAUGGGCUAUGGGGUAUCUGGGGGGGGGCAUCGAGUGGCCCCGGUGCGCCGAGGGAAGGAGGGGACAGGAUUAGGGCCUGCCGAGUGGGUGAUGGAGCGGGUGGAUGUCAACCGCAUGACGUGCCAGAACAUCGGCAUCGUGUUCGGACCCACGCUGCUGCGGCCGGAGCGGGAGCCGGGCAGCCUGGCGGCGGGCAUGGCCCAGCAGAACCAGGCCGUGGAGCUGCUGCUGGCACACUUCGACCGCAUCUUCCCUGCGCCCCCCUGAGCCUGGCACCCCCCCGCCAAGUCAGGCAUGGGUGCUCUGGUUGCCAGUGCCCCUUCCUACCCCCAGUCCUCCCUGCCCCAUGUACCUUAAUGCCCCGUGCAGUAAACGGGCACCUUCCCUGGGACCACCAGCACCUCCUGCUCUGACCAGGGUUGGGGGGGUCUGCAGCACCGAGAGCCACCCACCUGCCACCACCUCCCCAGAGAAUGUCGCCAUCCAGGCAUAUGGCAGCCCCCAAGUGCC